AUGCCAUCCAGACUGAGGAAGACCCAGAAACUUUGGGACCACGUAAGCCAUGGCCAUGGCUGCAUCAGCAAGCCCGGGUAGCACCCCGGAGGCUGCAGUAAUGGUAGUAUGCAUCACCAAAGGAUCAACUUCGACAAAUACCACCCAGUUUACUUUAGGAAAGUUGGAAUGAGGCGUUACCGCUUAAAGAGGAACCAGAGCUCCUGCCCAACUGUCAACCUUGACAAAUUGUGGACUUUGGUCAGUGGGCAGACACAGGUGAAUGCUGCUAAAAACAAGACUGGGGCUACUCCCAUCAUUAAUGUGGUGCGAUUGGGCUACUACAAAGUUCUGGGAAAGGGAAAGCUCCCCAAACAGCCUGUCAUUGUGAAGGCUAAAUUCUUCAGCAGAAGAACUGAGGAGAAGAUUAAGGGUGUUGGUGGGAGGCAGUGGGCCUGUGUCUUGGUGACUUGA